AUGUUUGCCAGCACAUAUGAUUUACAACGACAUACUAAAAAUGGUUGUCCAGUGGAAGAGGAAGAAAAUUAUGCAAUGUCUGAGGUUGGAUUUACACCCUUAGUCAAUCAAGUAUUGGAGGAAAAUCAAUCUCAGUUCGACAAAAAAUUGGAUCAGCUUAUGGAGGAAAAUUCCAAACUCACUCGACGGGAAGCUCGAGAGGAAGUGAAAGAUAGUAUGUUACCGAAAGACAGAGCUUUGCUUCUAAGAAAAUACAAACGUAUUCUCAUACUUACAUCUAAUCUAAACAAGAGCAAAUUGCAUCGUGGUAUCCGAGAAGAAGUCUCAACCCUGAUGGAAAAUACAGAUAUAGAUGUGGAAAAGGCCAUUUCUCGCGUUUUUAAUCAGCAUAAACAAGACUUUGAUGAAUUACUUGAAAUUGAAGACAAUACUGAUGAUGAAGAAUCUGAUGAAGAAGAAGAAUCCGAUAAUGAUGAUGAUGAUGAUGAUGACGAGGAAGAAUCAGAUAACUGA